AACACUGCAUAACCACCGACUGCCGGUCGAAUCAGCUGUUAAAAAUGUCUUGGCAAACCGGGCUAAUCAAAACAAUUUUAGAUCCAGCUAAUUUAAUUAUAUCAACGGACAUUGCAGUUGUCAUUGCGGACAAAUAUCCAAAAGCACGCCAUCAUUAUCUUGUGCUUCCCAAGGAGGAUAUUGCCAGCAUUUUUCAGUUGAAUAGAAAGCAUUUACCAUUACUGGAGGAACUUCAUCUACUGGCCCGCAAUAUCAUUGAAGUGCGCGGCGAAUGCUUUGAGUCUUUUCGGAUUGGCUUUCAUGCCCAGCCGAGUAUGCAACGGUUGCAUUUGCACGUAAUAUCAAAGGACUUUGUCUCCAGUUGGUUAAAGACAAAGAAACACUGGAAUAGCUUCAAUACGUCGCUAUUUAUACCAUACGAAGCACUCUAUGAGAACCUAAGCAAAAACGACAAAAUAGAACGUUUGCCCAAGGCAAAGGUAGAGGAGCUGCUGUCAAAGCCAUUGGCGUGCAACCAGUGUGAAUUCGUUGCUAAGAACAUCCCUUCGCUCAAGGAACAUCUGCUGCAGCACUGACUGAGCUCAACAAUUGUAAAAGGUUUACAUGCAUGUGGAUGUAUGUAUGUAUGUACAUUCUUCUGCAAGCAAACAUAUGUUAGUGGGACUCUUUACAACACUGUAUUCCAAUAUUCACCAGCAAUUGUGUUCCUAUUCCAAACGUCUCAUUCGAAUUCAGUUUGACAUAUGUACAUACACAUGCAUAGACUUGUGUAAGUUUAAUUUUUAAUUAUUUCUGAGUGCUGUAUAUCCGAUAAUUUCAAUCAUUGAUUUGAUAAAGGAGAAGAUAGAAGAAAUCAUAUGAUUCGAAAUGAGUAAUCGCAGGGAAUUUGCAAAAAAGGUUUUGACGCAAAGGGCGAAAACUGAGAAACCUCUAA